AGGGCCGCCCUUUUUUUUUUCGUAGUUUCCAAGGGAGCGGGAACAAAAAACGAAACCAAAACCUGCCUGCUCGGUCCACUCCCCACCUCGCGCGUUUCUCUGGCUGUGGGCUUCCUGCGGCCGCCGAGGGCGCCUCUCUGCUCUGACAUGGCAUCAGUUUUGAAUGUCAAGGAAUCCAAAGCUUCUGAAAGAACAGUUGUAGUUGCUGGUCUUCCAGUUGGCCUUUUUAUUGAUCAGUUAUUGGUCAUAUUAGUGAAGAAGUACUUCCAAGACAUUAAGAAUGAGGGUGGAGAUGUUGAAGAUGUGAUAUAUCCAACAAGAACUAAAGGAGUUGCAUAUGUAAUAUUCAAAGAAAAGAAAGUUGCAGAGAAUGUCAUCAGACAAAAGAAACACCGGCUAGCAAGGAAGGCUGGACAUGCUGAACUCACCGUCUCUCAUUUUAGUGACAAGAUCUUCAGCUCUGUAAAUGCCAUCCUUGAUCUUUCUGUUUUUGGGAAUGAAGCUUCUCUAGAAACUCUGGUAAAAGACCUGAAAAAGAAAAUCCCAACUUUAAGCUUCAGUCCUUUGAAACCCAAUGGAAGAAUCAUCGUGGAAGGAUCAUUUCUGGCUGUCAAGAGGCUCAAAGAAUCUUUGCUAGUAAGAGCAAGCUCUCUCUUAGAAAAAACUAGAAAUUUUACCAGUGAGGGAAGAAAGUGGAAUAGACAAAAUCCCCAAAAGAAUCUACAGAGAAGUACUAACUCUUUGGUGUCAGUCAGGACCUUAGUACCCGAGACUGCUAGAAAUGGAGAAAUGCUUGUGCUUGACACAGACAUUUUUCUUUACCUGAAACACAAGUGUGAAUUUUAUGAAAGCACACUGAAAAAAUUCCACAUUCUUAGUCAGGAGAAAAUAGAUGGUGAAAUCACCACCAUUUACUUAGAAAACUUUCAAGUUGGUUCUCAGCCAAAUAAUGCAAACCAUGUAAAAGAGCUCAUUGAGGAAUGGUCACAGGCUCUUCACUUAGAGCUUAGAAAAGAGACAUUUAUUUUGAAAGGAAAGGAAACUAGAGAGAAAAGAAUGAUCAAAUCGGCAUGUGAACAAUUAAGUUCAAGAUACCUUGGAGUCCUCAUGAGCUUUUAUAGGACACACAUUGACAUUAUAGGAUCUUCUUCUGACACUUACCUGUUUAAAAAAGGGGUCAUGAAAUUAAUAGGGCAAAAGGUUAGUUAAUAAAAUCUCAGCAAUAUAGUGAUAAGGGCUGCUUUCUCUUGCUGAGCAGUGACCAUUGCCAUGAAUGAGGCUAGCUUUACACGCCCUAUUUUAUUAAUCUUUAUACUUGCUCAAACUUCCUUGUCAGUGUUAACAAUCCUCAUGUUAUAGUGAAAGAAACUAGGGUUUGGAGAAGUUAAAACACUUUUCUGAAGUUAUCCAGUUGACAAGGAAUGAGGCUGGGGCUUAGCCUAUUCUAUCUGAUUACAAAGAUAAUAUCAAAGGAAUAAAACUUUGAAAAGAACUCACCAAACUUUGAAGGAAUCUUACUUUCUCUGUAACACCAAAUGAUUAGAAAGUGAUAAUUAUUAAGAAGUAGCCUUAACAUAUGAGAAUUUUGAAAGAUGAUUAUUAUGCCAUGGGCAAUUUUUUUUUUUUUUUUUUUUUGAGAUGGAGUCUUGCUCU